CCAUUCCUCCCACUCGGGCUCGAAACUCGAUCGACGAAGAAGGAAAAAAAAAACGAGCAGGAUCUCCCCUUCCCCGGAGAAGAAGAAGCACGUAGUACUUCUUCCAAAUCCCCAAACCCUAGAGCGAACCCCGGCCAGCGUCUCUCCAUCUAUGAUCCGGGGCCAUGGACCCGGGCCCCUCGUCCGCGAGCGCUGACCCGUCCCCUUCCCCGUCCCAGCCGCCGCCGGAGGAGGAGGAGCAAGUGGAGCAGGAGGAGGAAGAGAGGGAGGAGGAGCGGGAGGGGGAUGGGGAGGAGGAGGGGUGCGGCGGAGGCGGCGGCAGCACGUGGGUGGUGGUGCCGGCGGGCGAGGUGCUGGGCGCCGGCUCGCCCAAGGUCGUCGGCUGGGAGGAGCUGCAGCAGGAGCUCGCCCGCCUCUGGAGCCUCUCCGCCGCGCUCGCCGCCGCCAGGGACCGCAAGGCCGCCCUCGCCGCCCGCCUCGAGUCCGCGCUCCAGGCAAGAAAGGCGUUUCUUCAGCAGGAUAAUGAGUUGGCCGAGAUGAGGCAGAGACUGCAAGCACAUACCGAUUUCAUGGGGGAGUUGAGAAUGCAAACAAAGGAGCUGUCUGCGAAUGUUGAGGAUCGAAGGGAGCAACUUUGCGUCAAGAUCAGAACGCUGACAGUAGCAGAGAAAACUGUCGGCGCAGCACAAAGUAAACUGCAGGAACCUGGUAAAUUGCUGUCAGGGGAACGUGGCCAUGGUCGUCUUAAAGGUCUGGAACGAAUGUUACGGAUGAGACAACAAUACAUGAUAGGUCAAGUUGUUCAGAUAUAUCCUGUGCGGCCCUUCAGUGAGCAACCUCCAGUAGUCAAGCAUGGUUUAAACUCCAGUAUAUUCCGAACAGGAGAUGCUGACGUAAUGUCGCCGAAUGGCUCCCAAAGUGGACAGACACCUUUGUCCAUUUUGGGUCUGCAGUUAUCAAAGCUUUCUAUAAAAAAGACAAGCUACUUCAGUGACAAGUCAGAGAUUCAAAAAUCCGCUACUCUCCUUGGAUAUGUUGCACAUGCAGUCUCCCUUAUUGCAUCUUAUCUUGCUGUUCCUCUUCGAUAUCCACUACGGUUGGGAGGUUCGCAUUCAUAUAUUGUUGAUCACGCGCCUUCAGUUGACCCAUCUAUAGCCUCAGGAGUAAGUUCUUCAAUCCCUUCGAGCACCAGCAUGAGGACAACAGAAUUCCCUCUGUUUUUUGAAGGCCAAGAGACAACAAGAUCAGCAUAUGCAAUAUUCUUGCUAAACAAGGAUAUUGAACAACUUCUGAACCACAUUGGUGUUGAAAGUCUUGGCCCAAGACAUGUAUUAGCUAACCUCAGGCAGCUAACAACAAUUGUCCAGUCACAACAGUACAUUUCUGAUUAAUUUAACCCAAAGAAACAAUUUUGAAUUUCUGAUGGAGAUUGCUUAUGGCUGAGUCGUAAUGUAACCGGGUGCUGUUUUUAGCAAGCACUUUCCUUUUCCCAGGAUACAAAUGAGUUCAGGUCUCUCUUUGCUGAUAUGUUAAUGUAAAUGAGUAAAUCCCAUUCUCAGUGUAAAUUGUUCUCACUUGGAGGCGAUGUGUAUAGGAAAUACAUGGAUUAUAAAUGAGAUAGUAGUGCACAAAUUUAGCUGCUUCUUGUUUUCA